UUGGAUCAUCCCCUACUCGAAACAAAUCUAACUGUAAACGGGCCCGUUGACAUGGAGGCCAUGAACCGGCAUGGUUCACAGGAGCUGCUGCUAGUGAUUCUUGCCAUUGCAAUCGAGAUGGAACCAGACGCCCUGCCGCCAGCCCUCGACAGCGAGCGGGACAAGCUCGUCGAUGUUUUGCGCUUAGAGUCCCUGAAGCUCAUGCCGCCUCUGGCCUUGAAUUCUGCUGAUUUGCGCUUGUCGCAGUGCACUGCGCUAAUCCUGGCUAGCUACACGUGGUGCAUGAAAGAGGAUCUCGUCCAAAUCGCCCGCCGGUGGAACGAUCUUGCAAAACUCAUCUGGAACGAUAUGAGGUCGAAUGACAUGAACAACGUGUACUCGGAAUCAACAGCCCGCAUCGGCAGGGCCAUCCAGCUUCAGGCUACCGUGCUAGAUCUUCUCCAUCACUCCCGUGUGAGCUGGCCAGUUGACGCUGAAACGCAUACAAACCCUACACUGAGCCCUCUGUGCUACGCGUCACCCACCACCGAGUUUGGAUCUUGCACGAACGCCUCCAGCCGCGUCAAUGACUAUUUUUCUCUAUUCUUCCCAUUACUAGGCCUUCUUCAGAAUGUCCUCAGCUCAGCUCGGGAUCUUGAAAGCAUGAAAAGGAUCCGUGACUCUCUCGAGCUGUUCUAUCUCGACUUUCCACCAGAACUCCUCGAGUUUUCAUCCGCCAAGUCACCGUAUCAGAUAGAAGCAAUGAUAUGGUUUCAUGGGAUAUUCAUUCUGACGUUUGUACGGCAAGACUUGCUUGAUAUCCUCAUCGAUGAGACCCUGCCCAUGCGUGAUGAUUUCUAUUCCGUCUUGGAACAUGCAAUUCUUCUUGGGGAAGCUUUCCCCACGCUUCUGCGACUAGACCCUGGCCUACGGCAGAUCUCCCCUGCGACAGUCUUUCUCAUCAACCUUUCGUCAACCAUCAUAGCGUCCGCCAUGUGGCAGUUUCAUUGUUGUAUAGACUUGGAUACCUCGAGCACUCUGUUGGUGGAUGCCCCUGAGUCACUUGUCGUCAUCAUGAGCCAUCAUCAAGAGGCUCUCAAGGCACUUACCGGUCCAAAAUCGCGAUAUGACCUCAAAUUUAUCGGCGCCAUUUCUGACAUUUUGUCAAGCCUCUGCACUGGCUUAACCUCUGAGACGUAUCAGACACUGCAGAAGUCGCUGUACGUGAUCGCCCACUAUUGCUGGCACGACGACGGCAAUGGAAUUAGCAGACUCGCCACUGGCGCAACGGACGGCAUCGUUCAAACUCGAGCCAUGUCUGCAAAUAUCACCAUGCUCUGUCGAGUGCAGUUACCACCGGUAGCUGAGCCGGAGGAUGCAAUAAUGCGUCGAGCGACCAUUCAAGCGCUGUGCUCACCUGAGGCAAGGAUCUGUAAAGGCUGCUUCGACUUGAGUAUUCAGUUUUAA